ACGUGAUCAGAGGCUUACUUCUCUCCUUCUCCGACCUGUUUUAAAAUAUAAAAUAAUGCCUUUAAUUCUGUAUUUUUCUGAAUCGGCGCAUAUAUCGUGCGGACAGCGUGUGGGUUGUCAGCGAGGGCUCGGUUUGCGGCCAGGUAGCGACACGAGGACGUUUCUCGGCGGGUGUCACGUGAUCCGCACGCGGCUGUGCCUGCUCGGUAAAGAUGGCGACGGUUGAGUAGAAAGAGUCGGGAUGAGGUAGAAGCAACCCCUAAAUCCGCAGCAGAGAUCGGAGACUAGAAAGUAGAAAAGUACGUGCCAUAUGAGGGCAGCGAGGUCUUAAAAUGGUCGCUAAGAAUCUCGGGACUUUGUUGGAAUAAGAAAUAAUACGACCUGCGCCGUGGGAGCAUUACAAAUUAGUGUGUUUUGUUUUCAUUUUGGCGCUGCUACGGUGACUGAGCAUAACACACACGAGAAGGAUUGAGUCUUUCUCCAGCACAAGAGACGGGGCUCAGCAGCAGCAGCAUUGUCACAGACAGCCCGGGCUGAACGGCGUGGACUCCGUGUUUCUGCGUCGUGAAACACAAACCCACAACACAACACAAUUCAUAUCCUGAUACUAGCGUUUCUAAAUGGCUGAGUGGAACUUGUUUUGAAGUAAACAUCUAUCAUUUUCAGGAUACAGUUGUCCGCUGAUGAUGAUGGAUCCAGGUCAAGACCUGUUACUUGCUGCUCUGAGCGAGAGUGGAAUCAGUCCAAAUGAUCUCUUUGAUAUUGGUCCACUGGAUGCUGGAUUGGGGGCUCCCUUGCCAUCUGCUGGUAAUCAACAGUCAGUACCAAUUAGUGCAUUGGAACAAGACUUGGGAGCAGUAACAGUGAAGCAGGGACCAGCUCUUCCACCUACUCCAACUGUGACUGUUAGGAAGCCACAACCCUCCACCACAACGUUCGUCUUGAAUCAGCUGAAUCAGCUCCCAUCCCUGGGAACAAUAGUUGUGACCAAGCCUUCUGGCACAACAUCCAGACAGACUAUCACCAUGGCAAAAAUUGUUCACACCUCUGCGACAACGCGGCCAUCCUACACAAGUCCAGUAAUGCGCACUACACUGACCACACCUGGCAAGGACCAGAUUCAACUAAAAGACCUCCUUAGAAGCAGCAGUCUCAAUGAACUGAUGAAACUGAAGCCACCUUCAAAUAUUGCUCAGCCAGUAGCAACAGCUGCCAAGAUCAUUGUGCUCUCAACAAAGAUGUUAAAUAAACCAGCUGAUCUAAAUAAUGGUGUAAAGAAGGAAGUCUCAAACAAAGAUGUUGCACGAAUUUGGAUUAAUGAUGAUAUUAAAAUGCGGAGCUUUUCGCCUACUAACAAAAUACCAGGAAUAAAAGAAGAGGAGGAGCCAGAUGAGGAGGAUGAGGAGGAGCUUGGCCAUGCAGAAACCUAUGCUGAAUACAUGCCAAUGAAAUUGAAAGUUGGUCUGCGUCAUCCUGACCCAGUCGUUGAGACAAGUUCAUUGUCCAGUGUUUCUCCACCUGAUGUGUGGUACAGGUUGUCUUUAUCUGAGGAGAUCAUUGAUAGAGGAUGGCUUUCAGCAUUGCAGCUUGAAGCAAUUACAUACACAGCACAGCAACAUGAAACGUUCCUUCCAAAUGGAGACAGAGCUGCCUAUUUAAUAGGAGAUGGAGCUGGCGUAGGGAAAGGGAGAACCAUUGCAGGCAUCAUUUACGAGAAUUACAUUUUGGGCAGGAAAAGGGCACUCUGGUUUAGUGUUUCCAAUGACUUGAAGUAUGAUGCUGAAAGAGAUUUGAGAGACAUUGGAGCCAAAAAUAUCCAGGUCCAUUCACUGAAUAAGUUUAAAUAUGGGAAAAUUUCUUCCAAACACAAUGGAAGUGUGAAGAAAGGUGUAAUUUUUGCAACUUACUCCUCUCUGAUUGGUGAAAGUCAGUCCGGUGGAAAAUACAAGACCAGAUUUAAACAGCUUCUUCAUUGGUGUGGUGAAGACUUUGAUGGAGUUAUUGUGUUUGAUGAAUGCCACAAAGCAAAAAAUGUAUGUCCAAUUGGGAAUUCGAAACCUACCAAGACUGGGUUAGCUGUCUUAGAACUGCAAAACAAACUGCCAAAAGCAAGGGUGGUGUAUGCUAGUGCUACAGGUGCCUCUGAGCCACGGAACAUGGCAUAUAUGAAUCGUCUUGGAAUUUGGGGUGAAGGAACUCCAUUCAAGGAGUUCAGCAAUUUCAUUCAAGCUGUGGAGAGAAGAGGGGUAGGUGCCAUGGAAAUUGUUGCCAUGGAUAUGAAGCUACGUGGAAUGUACAUUGCAAGACAGUUGAGCUUUUCAGGUGUGACCUUCAAAAUCGAGGAAGUUCCUCUGACCCAAGACUAUGUCAAGAUGUAUAACAAGGCUGUGCGAUUGUGGGUUGCAGCCAGAGAGAAGUUCCAGCUGGCAGCAAACCUCAUGGAUGCAGAGCAACGGAUGAAGAAGUCUAUGUGGGGCCAGUUCUGGUCGGCACACCAAAGGUUCUUCAAAUAUCUCUGUAUAGCAUCGAAGGUGAAGAGAGUUGUGCAACUUGCUCGAGAAGAAAUAAAAAACGGAAAGUGCGUAGUUAUUGGUCUUCAGUCCACUGGAGAAGCCCGCACACUAGAAGCACUGGAAGAGGGAGGUGGGGAGCUAAACGACUUUGUUUCCACAGCAAAGGGAGUUCUGCAGUCCCUUGUAGAGAAACAUUUCCCAGCACCUGACAGACAAAAGCUGUUUAGCUUAUUGGGAAUUGAUUUAUCUGCUAAGAAAACUCCAUCUCCCAAUGACUGUGCCUCUACAGACAAUAAGGGAAAGAAACGGAAAGGCCAAGACACAAAGAAGGAAGCAAAGAAGCCUCGCAAGUCUGGUGGGCUCGGGGGCAGCAGUUCUGAUGAAAGUGACAGCGACUCUGCUUCUGCAAAGGAAGCUGAAAGUGACAAUGACAGUUUCAAGUCUGUCAGCUCUGGGGAGGAUGAUGAAGAUGACUUCAAUCCUUUCAGAGAUGAAUCCAGUGAGGACGAUGAAGAUGAUCCUUGGCUAAUAAGAAAAGAUCACAAGAAAACAAAAGACAAGAAGAAUAAAAAGAAAAAGAAGAAUAUAGAUCCAGAUUCUAUCCACAGUGCCUUGUUGGCAUCUGGUCUUGGCUCAAAACGACCGGCUUUUUCAACUCCAGUUGCUAACACUACAAGUAGUGCACCUUCCAUCGCAAAAAAAGACAGUGAAAGUAGCAGCUGUGUAACUAGCCAGGAUGCUGUUGAAAAUGCCCAGCAGAUGAAACGAGAGCUGCUAGACAAACUAGAGAAGCUUGCUGAAGAGCUGCCUCCCAACACUCUCGACGAACUGAUUGAUGAACUUGGAGGUCCAGAUAAUGUGGCAGAGAUGACUGGGCGUAAGGGCAGAGUUGUGAGCAAUGAUGACGGAAGCAUAUCCUAUGAAUCGAGAUCAGAGCUUGAUGUUCCAGUGGAAAUCCUGAAUAUCACAGAGAAACAGAGGUUCAUGGAUGGAGAGAAGAACAUUGCCAUAAUAUCAGAAGCUGCAAGUUCUGGUAUCUCAUUGCAAGCAGACCGGAGAGUUAAAAACCAGAGGAGACGCGUGCACAUGACUUUGGAGUUGCCCUGGAGUGCUGAUAGAGCCAUUCAGCAGUUUGGACGAACACACAGAUCAAACCAGGUGACUGCUCCAGAGUACGUGUUCCUCAUAUCCGAGCUAGCUGGAGAACAGAGAUUUGCAUCAAUUGUGGCCAAAAGGCUUGAGAGUUUGGGAGCCCUUACGCAUGGUGAUAGAAGAGCCACCGAAUCCAGAGACCUAAGCAGAUUCAAUUUUGACAAUAAGUAUGGUAGAAGUGCUCUGGAAAUUGUGAUGAAGUCCAUUGUAAACUUGGAUUCCCCAAUAGUGUCACCCCCUGCUAACUUUGAUGGAGAUUUCUUUAAAGAAAUUCGUCAUGGGUUGAUUGGUGUUGGAUUAAUAAAUGUGGAAGAUCGUUCAGGAAUCCUCAUGUUGGAUAAAGAUUAUAACAACAUUGGCAAGUUCUUGAAUCGAAUUCUUGGCAUGGAGGUCCAACAACAGAAUGCACUCUUUCAGUAUUUCUCGGACACAUUAAGUGCUGUAAUUCAGAAUGCCAAAAAGAAUGGUCGAUAUGAUAUGGGUAUUUUGGAUCUUGGCUCUGGGGAUGAGAAGGUGAGGAAAGUAGAAUCCAAGAAAUUUCUUACUCCGGGAUAUUCAACCUCAGGACAUGUGGAAUUGUAUACAGUAAGUGUCGAGAGAGGAAUGUCUUGGGAGGAUUCAACCAGAGUUUGGGCUGAACAGUCGGGACCAGAUGAUGGAUUUUAUAUACAGAUCAGGAACAACAAAAAGACUGCAAUCCUUGUUAAGGAAGUUAAUGCCAAAAAGAGGUUGUUUCUGGUGUAUCGACCAAACACAGGAAAACAGCUCAAACUGGAGGUCUACGCAGACAUUAGGAAGAAAUGCAAGAAGGUACUUUCUGAAGAUGCCAAGCAACAUUGGAUAGAGCAGUACAAUUCAUCAGCAGACACAUGUUCCCAUGCCUAUUGGCGAGGCAAUUGCAAAAAGGCAUCUGUAGGACUACAGUGUGAAAUCGGUCUACGCUGCCGAACGUACUUUGUCCUGUGUGGUUCGGUACUGAGUGUCUGGACAAAAGUUGAGGGUGUUCUGGCCUCAGUGAGUGGAACAAAUGUCAAAAUGCAAAUAGUUCGGUUAAGAACAGAAGAUGGACAGAGGAUUGUGGGUUUGAUCAUUCCUGCAAACUGCGUGGCUCCAUUAAUGAACAUCCUUUCCUCCUCCGACCAGUCUCAACAGCUAGCAGUACAGCAGCAGCAGAUGUGGCAACAGCUUCAUCCACAGAGCAUUAACCACUUCAGCAACACAUAGCAGCCAGUGCAGGCUCAGAUAAGUGGACACAAUACAAACUUGAAUUUUUAGCAGCAUGCUCUGUGAGCACAACAAAGUGUGGUUGUCAUUUGGAAAAUGUCGGGGUUCUUGUCCAAAGAAUAAUGUAGAAUUUGAAGUUCCCUGGAAUACUUAACAUUUUACACUUCAGUGAAGAACUGGAGAAGCCUGUCCUGAAGGAGAAGAAAUCUGUGGAGAAGGAAAAGAUCUUUCUACCCUUCUAUCUCCUCCUCUUCAUAUAACCUGUGCUUUUUUACUGGCUUCUGUUCAUAAACUACAGGUUCUGUAUUUUAUGCAAGUGAAGUGAGUGGACUUACCUGGUUCCUUUAUAUGACACGAUAUUACAGUGCUCAGGGGUUAUUGUUAAAACAAAAACAAAUGCACUUUGUUUGAUUAUCUGUCACCUGGCUGGGAAUAUGUCUUGAAAUGCAUGUUUAACUUUUUUUUUUUGCCUUAAUGUGCUGAUGCAAAUAAUUUUUCCAAAGCAUGAAGUCACUAAUUGUGCAUUCAGAUACACUCCCAGUUUCAGUAAGCAUGUCUUAUGAACAUGCGCAUGUAGAAGGUAACAGAAGCUGAAACUGCGUUUCUGAUGGUGUGCAUGUGUGUAGUACAGGGUUUAAGUUUGCAGAAUUGUGACAAAGUAAUGCUUAACACUUUUGAACAUUUAAGUUCAACAUGGAUUGAGGAUCAUAAAUAAAUAACUUCCAGUAUGGAUGUUCAAGCAUCCUUUUUUGUUUUUAAUAUUUUUAUUUUUUUGUACAAAGGUUUACUUUUGUUUUUGUAUUAUUGUUUUUUAAAUAGAAAGAGUCUGAAAACUGGAAUGUUGUCAUUAAGCGAGUCCACUGCAAAAUCACCUGCUCUUCCCAUUUUAAGUUUUUGUUUAAUUAGUGCUUAGAUACUGAAAUAUUUGGCACUACUUUGAACUGCAUUCUAUACAGGACAUACACCUUGAUCGUGGGACGCAUUUGAGAGUAUUGUGCUGUGUAUAAAAGCUUUUCAUUGAACAAUUCCUGUUAAAUAGGUCACAAUAAAGGAGCACAGUUUAUCUUAAGAUGGUAUGAAUACUGUACAAAUGUGUAAAGUUCAGUAUCUUAAAUAUGACAUUGUUUUGCUUAUAAGUAACAGUGAUGUUUAUACAGUAUAUAAAAACAAAGUGAAGGACAAUGUUUGUCAUUUCAUGCUUGCACGAGUUGCACUACUGAAACAGAUUCAUUGUAUAUAAUAAAAUGUAAAACGUGUUUAAGAA